AAAUUGAAGCAAAAUUAUAAAAAUUAAACGAUUAUAAAAAAAAAAAUAAAAAGCCUGCGCGCCACAAAAUUUCUCCAARUAAACWACCUGCACACAACAACAACAACAACAAUAUAACAAAACAUGGCCUUAAAAUCAAUUCUUGAAACGCAUUUAUUUUCGAAAAAAAAUUAAAAAUUUUAAUUUAUGCCGCACAAAGGCAACCAAGUAAACCAACGCGUCACCUCACCUCAGAAGAGCACUUGAAGUAGAAAUAACUACAACAAUAACAACCAACCAACUACCUACGCCCCAUAAAGGCAAAAUACACAACCUAAAUGGAUUUAUAUUGUUAUCAGCCAACGCCACCUGCCUCACUCAUGGAUUAUCCCGUUGGACCGCAUCAACUGCAAAACGGCAGCAGCGGUGUUGGUGGCAUCGGCGGCAUCGUCAAUAACACUAACGUGUACUUCAAUAAUAUUUAUACGAAUGGCGUUGCCAACAACAAUAAUACAAGCAACAAUAAUAACAGUAGUAAUCAUUAUAAUCAUCAUAGUAAUAGUGAUAGCUCAUCGGUGACGACGACAACAACAACAGCGACAAAUUUUGGUGAUUGCAUCGGUUUGGAGCGCGGUUUUGAUUUCUACAGUGAUCGAGUGACAAAGCGCGCAUUUUAAAUACAAGCAAACAAAUGAGCUUGUUUGAAGCAGAAACAGCUAAACAAAUAAUUUUUUUUGAGGUCGAAUUAUACGCACAAACACACACACACAUACAAGCCACAGAAUUUUUGCGAAUAUUAAAAUUUUAUGAUUAAAAUUGUACGAAUAUUUCAGAAGUAAAACGACAAGUUUUGAGCUUUCAUUUAAAUUCAAAAAAAAAUUAUUUUUCAUUAUUGAUUUUAGAUUU